UAAAUUAUCAAUGGACAGAUAGUAAACUUAAUCUUAUAUGUACGUGUACUUUUAUAACUGUUAUCUCUUUAUUUAAUUUGUCAUAUCAUACGUAUAUAGAGAAGGUAAUGAUUAAGUAGUGCAAUGUAUUAGCAAAUGUUAUAAAAAAAUGUUUUUGUUUAUAAAAUACGCAACAAUUUAUCUAACAUUCAUUUCAUUGAAUGAAUGCUAUUGUGAAAAUGUAAAAGUAAAAUUAAAACAAGGUGUUUUGUACGGUAAAACAGAAAAAACAUACUUAAAAGAGGGAAGCUAUUACACUUUCAAGGGAAUUCCUUACGCAGAAGCACCUGUUGGUGAAUUAAGGUUUAAGGUAAAUUAUAAUAAAGUUAUUUGUAAAUAAGGUAUUCGGAAUAAUUGCUUUGUAGUUCUUUAUUUAGUUUAUUUACGAAAAUCUUAAUUUCAAGAUGACAUCAAUUUUAAAUUUAUUGGAUCUAUUGAACCUAUUUGAUUAUUAGUACAUAUCUUUACACAUUGUAUUGUCAACAUUACAAUAAUUUAUUGAUAGUGUUUUCCAUCUCUUACAGCCACCAAAACCACAUAUUGGAUGGAAUGGAACCUACGAAGCUUAUACUAAUAAACCUACAUGUGUCCAACACAAUACUAAGAUGCGUAAUGGCGAGACUUACGGUAUAUCUGGUUCCGAAGAUUGUCUAUACAUCAGCGUCUUCACACCAAACUUAGAAGGAUCUGCUGCUGUUAUGGUGUUCGAUUAUCACGACAAUUUCCGUACAGGAUACAACGGUACUAAAAAAUAUUCUCCAGAAAUAUUUGCUGAAGAAAAUGUUAUAGUUGUAACGAUUAGUUAUCGUCUCAGUAUUUUGGGAUAUUUAACUACAGAAGACGGUGUGAUACCCGCUAAUAAUGGUCUGAAAGAUUAUUUAUUGGGUCUUAAGUGGGUAAAAGAGAACAUAAAAAGCUUUGGAGGUGAUCCAAAUCGCAUCACUUUAAUGGGUAGCAAGGGAGGUGGCACUGUUGCUAACAUUAUGCUUUAUUCGAAACAGGCAUCUGGUCUUUUUAAUGCAGUAACUAUUCAAAGUGGUACAAGUUAUGAAGCUAUAUAUUUUCCAGAAAAUGCAAAACAGUUUGCCCUCAAAUUAGCGGAGCUUGUUGGUGUAACUUCUAGUGAUAGUCAAACUUUGCUUGAAGAGCUUCAAAAGAUUGAUGUUGUUUCUCUAUAUGAUAAAGAAAGUGAUGUUUUGACAUCAAAUCUGGAUUUUUAUGAAAAGUAUCAGAGGAGUGUGUUUCCUUUCGCACCAAUCAUUGAGCCUGAACAUCCAGACGCCAUUUUAACUACGAUGCCAGAAAAUGGUAAAAUUAUUAAUGAUGUUCCAGUUUUGAUCGGAUUUAAUUCAAGAGAGGGCUUAGACCACACCUCAUACAUAUUAUUCGAACCAAAAAUACUGUCAAGUAUUAAAGAUUUCUUUGUUCAUUUUCCAAUCAGAACUAACUUCAGGUUUGAUGUAAACAAUACUGCAUUCGUAGAUUACAAGGAGGAUAUAAGGAAAUUUUACUUGACAGGUGGAUAUUUACAUUACAAUAAUUUGUUGGAGUAUGCUAUAUACGUGGGUGAUACGUUGCAAAAUUAUGCUAUUAAUUAUGCUGCUAGGAAACUUGCUAACGAAUUAAAUUCACCUACGUAUUACUAUAUGUUUGACUUUUACGGAUCUUUCAAUGAAAACAUGCUGUUUUUGGCGACAAACAUACAUUGGGGUAUAGAAAAUUGGGGAGCGACUGUUGCGGACGAACUCUGCUACUUACAUGUUUGUAAUCGCAUCAGGAAGAACUAUAACUACUUUAAAGGAUUAGUGGCUACACAAAAUGAGCUAAAGGUUUUAAAGAAAAUGGUACGUUUAUGGACGAACUUUGCUAAAACAGGGAAUCCAACACCUAGUAAAAACGAUGAUGUCUUGAAGAGGCUUUCCUGGCAACCAAUAGAAAAGGGAAACGCAGAUCUCAAGUAUCUUCAUAUCACUAAAAACUUUCGUAUGGAAUUGAAUCCUUUAGGUGCAAGGGAAAAAUUUUGGGAUGAAACUUUAAAGAAAUAUGGCAAUAUGGCUGUCGAAGGGGUAGCACAAAAGGUGAAAGAAGUACAUGAAGAAUUAUAAUAGGAAUUAAAAAAGUUUCAUAAUUUAAAGUGUUUCGUAUUUCAAAUAUAUAAUAAAAUAAAAAAGUUUAAAGUGCGCUGAAAAUUUAAUAGAAAAUGAGAAAUCUCAUAUUUGAAAAGCUUCGAAUUCAUACUGGGUCAAUAUGAAAAACAAUUUAAAGUAAAAAAAGUUACUAA